AAAGUGACGCCGUUAAGUUCCGGGCAAGACUUUCGUUUUCAUUUCUCCAACUGAACCUGAGCUGAUGUUGUUGUAGUUGUUCUAGUUGUGACAUUAAAGCAGCAACAUGGCGGGUCUAGAGGUGUUGUACUCGUGUGUCGGCGGCAGCGUUACCUGUCCUCAGGACGCCGUGGUGCUCUUCAUCCACUGGGAGAUGAUCAAGAGCGGAUACAGGUGCAUCGGGUCCGGAGACGAGCCCCGCAGCAGUGAUAAGAAGUCUGAGCUGCUGCCGGCUGACUGGAGCAGCAACAAGGAGCUGUACAGUCUGAGAUAUAAAGACAAAGACAGGGACACCCAGCUGCUGCUCAAAGCCAUCGCUGUCGACUCCACGCUGAUCUUCAACCUGAUGAAUUCCGGCACACAGCAGGUCUCAGACUUGACGGUGAACAUCAGCGACCACGUGAAUGCUGACCAGCUGCACACGUUUGACAGUGUGUUCAAGGAUACAGACAGUUUGUCAGAGAAGGUGAGGACUCAGCUGCUGCCGUCCCAGGACAGACCGACAGGACAGAGGAAGAGCCGGAGGGAGGAGGAGGAGGCGGAGCAGAGACGAAGAAGGGAGGACAGCGACCCCCUCCGCAUCCCCAACAGACAGCCUCGCCAGGGACCGCCGCCACACUGGCGAGACCCCGUGGUUCCCCCGUUCGCUGCUGGAGGAGCAGAUCUGGAUCCUUUCGGGUCUCGCGGCGGUGGCGGGAUGAUAGUGGACCCGUUGAGGUCGGGGUAUCCUCGCUCUGGUUUUGACCCAUCUAGUGGGAUCCCAGACAUCCUGCCUCCUGGAGCUGUUCCCCCAGGGGCUCGCUUCGACCCGUUUGGACCCGUCGGACGACACAGACCAGCGCCGGACCCGGACCACAUGCCUCCGCCUGGAUAUGACGACAUGUUCAUGUAGUACUUCCUGCUUUUUUACUCACUACAUCCUGUCCUCCAGCCAAUCAGAGGACAGGUGUAAAAAUGUUUGCCUUUUUAUUUUAUCCUGCUUUGAGAGAGAGGGUUAGCUUUCUUAGGGUUCAUUUCAUAUAACUAAUGUAUAACUCGUGUAUAUAACGUAUGUAGAAUUACCCUAUCAGCAGGUGUUAGCAGGUUUCUCCCCUGCUUCCUACAUGAUAGAAGUCAGUUUAGAUUCUUAUCGUCCCAUUAAACUGCAUCUUGUGGUUAUAAUUUAUUCAUAAAAAGGAAAAGCGCUAAAUUUCUGUUGUGGAUACAUUAGAACAUCUUUUUACAUUGUUGUUGAUUAAACAACAUGGUUCAAUAAAAUCUCAGACUUUA